CACGGCGCUCAAGAAGGCUAAACAUGACAUUCACAAAAGCCAACACUUCCUGAGAAGAAGUCUCCCCACAUUAUAAGUGCUGAUCGAAGGAGAGAGACACAAUGAGUCAUAUUUUGUGUGUCUACUGCCAACGUGGAUGUGUUCCAGGGGAGGAGGAAGAGACAAGGUAGACAAGAGAAGCCGGGACUGUUCAGAUAGCUGUGGACACUGUAUCAGAUUUGUAGUUACUUCACCCUAUAUCCAGCCUGUGUGAUCAUUGUUCAGAAAAAGUAGAAAGCC